AUGGCAGCAGAUUUGAAACCUAAAGUCGAAGAUGCGGAAGAGGUAGAAAAUGACGGAGGAAGAGGAGGAAGAGGCCGAGGCGGGCAAAGGGGCCGUGGAGGAAGAGGGAAUGCUGGAGAGGGCCGUGGAGGAAGAGGGAAUGCUGGAGAGGAAGGAGAGGGCCCUGCUCCAGAUGGGGGCAAAAGAGGGGGUAGAGGCGGUAGAGUAGGACAAGAAGGUAGAGAGAGAGGUAGGGGAGGAAGAGGAGGCAAGGAAGGGGGUCAAGGUAGGGAACGAAAAGAGUCAGAAGGAGGCGAAUGUGGUAAGACGAAUAGAGGAGGAAGAGGAGGCAGAGGAGGAAAAUCAGAGUGUAGACCAGAAGGUGAAGGAACAGAGGAUAGUGGGGAAGGAAAGAGAGGACGACGAGGCAGAGGAGGAAAGAGAGGCGGUAAGGAGGAUGCAGCAGGCGAAGUAGAGACUGAGGGAGGGGAGAAUAGAGGAAGGAGAGGAGGUAGGGGCCGUGGCAGAGGAGCUGGAAAACAACAAUCUCAGGGAGAAGGAGAGGAAGCUGAACCAGCAGGAAAACCCCAGAGAGGUGGAAGAGGAGGCAGAGGAGAUCGUGGAAGAGGAGGCAGAGGAGAGGGGAAAGAAUCAGCCAAGCCAGACGAAUAG